AUGGAUCAGAGAUUUAUCAUUAAGUCAGUUGACAUGCCUGAAGAGAUAGCAAAUAAAGCCAUUCAGACAGCUUUUGAUGCAAAAGAGAAGUUUACAAACCACAACCAAAUUGCUGCGUACAUAAAGAGACAGUUUGAUUCAGAGUUUCAGCCAGCUUGGCACUGUAUAGUAGGAAGAGGAUUUGGGAGUUUCGUCACUCAUGACACAGGAAACUUAGUUUACUUUUUCUUGGAAGAAUUCGCGAUUUUGCUUUGGAAAUCAGGGUAG